UGGUUUUCUUCCGCGCGGUCUGAGGAGAUUGGCGGCUGCGUGCGCGAUGGCGAGCUGAGGUGGGUGCGGCCUGGUUCCGACCUCCGCGGGCUCAGGAAGCAGGUCAGCCAGCUGCCGCUACCGAGGAAAGCUUCAAGGGUAAAGAGCAAGUGAUGGUUAAAUCAGAAAUGGAUUCUCUUGACUACAUGUCAUCUGAUAGAGCUGUGGAAAUGGAAAACCAAAGUGACAGCUCUUCAUCUGGUAGCAGCUUAUUUAAAACACAAUGUAUUCCUUCCUCACCUAAACGGAGACAAAGAAAUUCCCUUAGAAAAUUUGAUCAUUCACCUGAAAGUCUUCAUACAGAUUCAUCAAGUGACUCAUCUUUAGAACCAAGACCAUUGACUUUAAAAGCUAUUUUUGAAAGAUUCAAGAACAAGAAAUGUAAAAAGAGGAAAUACAACAGACAAAAUAGAGGAAAAUUAAGACAAAGAGGAAGACCAAAAGGAAGUAGAAGCACUAGAAGGUCAUCACAAAUAGAUUUGAAACAAAUUAAAGACAAAGGAACCAGAUUCCCAUUUUUACAGUGUGAAAAUGGAAGAAAACCAUUACCAUGGAGGAAAAUUUUAACCUUUGAGCAAGCUGUUGCAAGAGGAUUUUUUAACCACAUCGAGAAACUGAAGUAUGAAUACCACCUCAAGGAAUCCCUGAAACAAAUGAAUGUUGGUGAAGAUUUAGAAAAAGAAGAUCUUGAUAGCCGUAGUCAUAAAUAUUUGGAUGAUGAUGGAUCCAUUUCUCCUAUUGAAGAGUCAGCAGCAGAAGAUGAGAUGGCACAUCCUGAAUAUGAUGAAUGUGAUAUCAAAUUGGUAGAGGACAGUUGUUUCAUAAUAAGUUCUGAAUUCCCAAAGAAGAUGAAGGUAUAUUUAGAACAAGAGAAUGACGUUACAAUGUCUAAGAGAACUUCUAAGGCUAAAAAUACUGGACAGAGGACAGAGUGGCCUGAAAAGGAGACAAUGUGAAUAUCAAGCAACAUGCAGUGAAAGUGACUUCAUAAGAAGAAAUGAUCAAAGGUUAAUACCACCCUGGGGAUGAAGAAGUUUUAAACCAAGAACAUCCUAAGAAGAAUGAGAACCAUCUGAAGAAGAUGGUGAAAACAACUAAAGAAUCAUAAACUUUAAAACAAUAGGAAAAAGCUGAGACAUUGCUUCUUAAAUAAUAGUCUGGCUGUUUUGUCAGUGCUUAUUGAUUUCAGUGUAAGAAACUUAACAGGUUUUACUAAACCAUUGAAACAACGAAGAGAUUUUAAUCCUGAAAAGAAAAUGCUAGUUAAACAUGACUGACAUCCAGCCAAGUUCUUCUGGUUUGUUUUUUCAUAUUUCAAUUUCUAUUUUUGGCAGUAUUGGGGUUUGGACAGUGUUUGGAGCUUGCUAGGUAGGCACACUAUUGAUUAAGCUGGGCCUCCAGCUCACUUUGUUUCUUAAAUGAGACAAGGUUUGCUAUGUAGCCCAGGCUGGUCCUGGCCUCAUGAUCUUUCUUGCCUUAGUCUCCUGAAUGCUGGGAUUAUAUGUGUAUGUGCCACGAUGUCCAACCUCUACCAGCAUCCUAUUAUACCAACCUUUUUCAGAUGAAAGUAACAUUACUGUAGUAAGAAUUGAAUUUUGGCUGGGAAUGUAGUGUGGUGAAUUACAAGAUCCUGAAUUUCAAGGUCCUGAACUUAAUCCCCAGCAGCAUAAAAAAUCAUCUUAGCUUGUUUCAGUCACCAUUUUUCUUACUGUGAUCAUCAUUGUGUAGCUGAUUAAGGUUAAAUGUGAAUGAGUAGUGCACGGUUAGCACUUGGGUGUGUUUUUGUUUAACUUCUGGACAAAGACUCAGGUGCAAAAAAUAAAUCCUCUUUAGCAACCCAGAACUCGUGGUUCAGUAUGAGUUUUGAUACACACAAGAAGGUAUAAGGAUACCUAACAGUUUAAAGUGAUGGCCAUUAAGGUUGACUUAAAGAAUAAAGUGUAGGAUAGGAAAAUAACUUUCAGUUGUGUUCAGUCACCAUUCUUGUUGUGAUGCAUGAAAACUUCUCAAGGCUUCUAAUUGAGACUUGAGGUCUGAAGCUGAAGACAUCUUACUGUGAGUGGAUCAUGCUUGUCUAGAUGUCUAGAGUAAGUACACAAGUCUCCAAGUUUCAUUUUAUAAGACUUAGAGCUUUAAUUUCCAAUUACAUUUCCAAAAAGCAAUCAGAUAUGUAGUUAUGUAGUAUCAGGUUCAUUUUACUUGAAAGGAUUUGUAAGUAGAGCUUUUGAGUUUCCGUUAUCUGGAAUUAUAUACAUUUACAUAAUUUAAUGUAUGAUUAAUUAUCAUACAUUUAUCUGGAAUUAAUGUCAGGUGAGCUAGGGGAUUUAAAUUAAAUACAUUAAGAUAAAUCUGGUAAAAAUUAAGAAUCAUAUUUUCUUAAGUGAGACUGGGGUUUGAACUCGGCCUUUUUGCUUACAGAGAAGGCAUUCCACCUGAGCCACACCUUCAGUCCAUUUUGAUCUGGUUAUUUCGGCAGUGGGGUCUCAAAAACCAGGGCUGGCCUCCCAAGUAACUAGGAUUACAGGGCGUAACUGGCACCUUUCC